GCAUUUUCAUGGCUUCCGAAAUUGGCACUCGAAUUCCAUAGCAGACGACAUUUAGCCGCGAAAGCAGAUGAGCGUAAGAAAGCGCGCGAAAAGACACGUGAAGUAUAUUGAUUGAAAGUUUUCAUGUUCAUUUAGGGUAAAGGUGUUUUAAAAUGACUCCUGAUCCGACACUUCCUAUGAUCAUGGACGGGACUACAAAAAUUAUUGAAAAACAAAAAGAAGAGCCAGAAAGGGAAAGUUGGGGAAAGAAAACAGAAUUUUUACUCUCAGUUGUCGGUUUUGCUGUUGAUUUAGGAAAUGUUUGGAGAUUUCCUUAUAUCUGUUUUAAAAAUGGCGGAGGUGCCUUUCUCCUACCAUAUCUUAUUAUGUUGGUGUUUGGUGGUUUACCCCUGUUCUAUAUGGAACUGGCUUUGGGUCAGUUUCAGAGAUGUGGUUGCCUUACAGUGUGGAAGAGAAUUUGUCCAAUGUUCAAAGGUGUAGGUAUUUCUAUUUGUAUCAUAGCAACCUAUGUAUCAUUAUACUACAAUACAAUCAUAGCCUGGGCUGUAUAUUUCUUCUUUUCCUCGUUCCGAGCACAGCCACCAUGGCUGACCUGCAAUAACACAUGGAACACAGAAAAUUGUACAACUUUCUCAGAAAGAGUGGUCACACAGUGCAAGAAAACGCCAAAUCAAUCUUGGAACAUGGAUCUAUAUAACGGAACAACACCAGUCGGCUAUUUUAAUUGUACCAGCGUUAAUGCAACAGAUGAUGACUACUCAUCAGCAGCAUCGACAGAAUUCUUUGAACGUGAGGUGCUUGAGAUGCAGUAUUCCAUGGGUUUAGAGAGUGUUGGUGGUGUUAAAUGGACCAUGUCAUUAUGUCUUAUGUCAGUGUUUCUCAUCGUUUAUUUUGCACUUUGGAAAGGCAUCAAAAGCUCCGGGAAGGCUGUGUGGGUAACUGCUAUUCUACCAUACGUGGUACUUAUCAUAUUGUUAAUAAGAGGCAGUACAUUACCAGGAGCUAUGAACGGCAUCUUAUAUUUCAUUGAACCAAAAUGGGAAAAGCUGAUGACGGUCAGGGUAUGGAUUGACGCGGCUGCUCAGAUCUUCUUCUCAUUGGGGCCAGGAUUUGGUGUGUUGUUGGCUUUGUCCAGUUAUAAUAAAUUUAACAAUAAUUGUUACAAAGAUGCUCUGGCAACAAGUGCAAUUAAUUGUGGAACGAGCUUACUAGCUGGGUUUGCAGUCUUUACAGUGUUAGGAUACAUGGCGCACGCACAAAAUAAAAGCAUCGAUGAAGUUGCAAGACCGGAUGUCGGUUUAAUUUUCGUUGUCUACCCCGAGGCAAUUGCUACCAUUGACGGUUCUUCGUUCUGGGCAAUUAUAUUUUUCUUCAUGCUGAUUACACUGGGACUGGAUACAACGUUUGGUGGAUUAGAAGCUAUUAUAACCGGUAUUCUAGAUGAAUGGCCAUGGAUGAGGAAAAAACGUGAAAUAUUCGUCAUUCUUCUUAUGUGUUAUUGUUUUUUGGGUGGAUUAGCGACAACUACAUACGGAGGUAUUUAUGUGGUACAACUCUUUGAUGUUUACGCAGCCCCUAUUUCUAUUUUACUUGUGGUUUUCUUGGAGGCGGUGGCUGUUUCGUGGAUUUAUGGUGUCAAACAAUUCAGUAAGGAUAUUGAAAGUAUGUUGGGAAAACCACCAGGAAUCUUCUGGCAAAUUUGUUGGGCUUACAUUAGUCCUGUCUUUCUACUGACAUUGUUUAUAUUAUCAGUGUAUAAUACUGAACCACCAGCAUACGGCAACUAUGUGUAUCCCUUCUGGUCGUUGGCUAUUGGUUGGUUAAUGGUAUUAUCAGCUUUACUCGCUAUUCCUAUUUACUUUGUAAUUCAUUUCCUCUCUACCAAGGGUACAAUGAUGGAGCGCAUGAAGCAGAUGAUCUUUCCCAAUGAAACACCGAGGCACAUCAGUGAAGAAGGCAUUAGGGUAUACCUUUGAAAUUAAUUAGAUCAUACAAAAACAAAGGUAACCGAGAAAACCAAAUAAACUUUUGUGAAUAAUGGAAUACCCGUGGUUAAAUAUAAACGUGCUGGAACAUUACCUGUUCCUUAAAUUAUAAAAUCUUUGCUUAAUAUGGUUUUUGUUUAAAAUCGUUUGGAUGGUUAUACCAGCAUUUUAGAAGAUGUUCUGCUUACCGCGAUGACUGGUCCCUUGUUGCUGCCUAUAUUAAUAGGAAGGUUGAAGAUUGCAGAGUAUGGGACAAUGUUAAUAUAGUAUUAUAAACUUGAGGCUGUUCCUCUGUGAUAACUUGUAAACGUUGCCAAAUUGAACUAAUCUGGAACUGAUGGUCAUGUUAUUCAGUUGUUUCAUGUUUUUGUUUUUGUUGUCCAUCAUUUAAUUAGGGUAUGUGUAUUUGUUCAGCAGUGUAUAUCGGGAAUCACUUGUAUUCUACGGAUGUAGAGAUGACGUCAUCUAGUUUUUCAAAUAUAAUAUAGACGCUUGUGAUUGGGUUAGCUUUGUGUGGCCAAGUUGCAUGUGGAUACGUUUACAAAUUGCUCUUACUGAGAGAGGAUUCAUACAAUUGCCAUAUUCCAGAGACAGGCUGCUAUUAUUGCUCCCCUUUUCGGUGUUUUAAAGAACAUCCUGCACGUGUAGAUACUGCUAAAUUUGUUAAUCAGAAAUACAAGUUUGAUAACCAUAGUUUGUUGACAAUCCAUCAUUUUAAAAUAUAAGUUUAAUAACUAUGUGUUUGUUGAACAUUCAUCAUUUUACUUAACAGGUUUACUAAGUUCAUAUACAGGUACCGUUGUGUUAAUAUACAUGUCAAUGUAUUAAUGAUGUAUAAUAGCAAUAUACUGUAAAUAAACUAAUGUAAUAAGGUAAUAAGCUGGUCUUUAUAUAAUGUGUAGAUUAAUAGUAAUAAUGUAUAAUAACCACGUGUUUAUAUGUACAUGUAUAUAUUGCUUAUAUGGAUGUUCUGUAGAAUAAUGAUUAGUUUGGAUGUUGUAAGAGGUGGAUCGACCGGUUCUUUCGUUAUGUAAAAAAACAAUUUAAGACAAUAAUCGAUAGUUGAUCAAGUUAAUGCUUGAGGUUCCACUGUCGUAUGAUGUGUUACGAUAUGAUUGCCCCUAUUGAGUCUACGAUUUGCUACGUGCAGAUACGUUCGGAUACGUUUCGAAAUGGUCAACACGAUUCCUACGACUGACCUGAUGGGAUCACCACGAUAACUCCACGAUUAAAACCACGAUUUCGAUCGUAACAGGAAUCGUGAUAGUAGGAACCUAGCAUUAAGGAGUUAAACCUAUUUGAUAUUAGGUCAAAAUAAAUUGAUGAAUAGGGUUGAUUUAAUGGGUUGAUUUAAAGUUAAAAUAAAGUGAUGAAAUGGGUUGAUUUAAUGGGUUGAUUUAAAGUUAAAAUAAAGUGAUGAAAUGGGUUGAUUUAAAGUUAAAAUAAAGUGAUGAAAUGGGUUGAUUUAAUGGGACGAUUUAAAGUUAAAAUAAAGUGAUGGAUAGGGUUGAUUUAAUGGGUUGAUUUAAAGUUAAAAUAAAGUGAUGAAUAGGGUUGAUUUCAAGUUAAAGGGGAUAAAUCUCUUUGAUAUUAGGCCAAUAAAUAUAAAGUACUGAAUGGGGUUGUUUUGCUGUAGUAUUUCGAUUAGUGAUAGGGCAAUCUCUAUCCAAACAUAAAUAAAAUAAUGUUUGUUUGGAAAGACUGAACGAUCUUCGGUAUAUUUUACUACGUUUAGCUUAAUAUGCCAACAGUGGAUUGGAAAAUCAUUUACAUGUAUAUCUCAACACUAGCUUUCCAUAGCCGUACAAUUUUCAAAGAAGACAAGUUAUCAUCCCACAAUACAAAUCAAUACAAAUCAAAACGAUUGAGUGAUUUUUAAUAAAACCCAACCAUUUAAUUCUCCAUUAAAUAUACAAUAAAACUUAAAGAACUGGUUAAAUUGUAGAUUAGUUAAUGGUUUGACCAAGGAGCCAAAAGAAACCCUUUAGUUUUAAUACUUAAAAUGCAAUAAAUUAAUCCUGAAAAUAAAGGAAUCUUAAUUUUCUUAUCAGUAUCAUCCAUUUCUCUGUGCUGCGGGUUGUGUGGGUUGUAUCUACAUGGUCUUUUAACCAAAUAGUUGCAAUCUGAUUAAAGUACAAAUAUAUAUUUCGUUUCGUGUUUUUACACUUUCAAUGAGAGGUAAAACGAAAUUAUGUACAAUAAAACACGAAACGAAAUAAGAUUCGUGUUUUAAUCAAAUGGAAAUAGUUGCAUCAUCUCUAAUGUUCAAAUCUGUAUCGGUUCAUUGUUGGUCUUUCCGACACAUUACAUGGCUAGCAGCCUGUUAGAUGUCUAUUCCAAUAUGAUAGUCAAAUACAAAGAACAUGAUUUAAAAUCGGUUUGGAGGAAAAAUGAUAAAUUAGUGGUCUGUUACACCUGAUUUGUACUAUGUUGGCGAAAGUAUAUGUCAGUGUAAAGGAAAUUAAUUAUUUAAACCCUGCCUCAAUUACAUCCUAGAUUCUGACUUGUUUUUAUUUUGUGGUUUUAUAUUAUGUAAGUAUUUUAGUAUUUGUGACCAUUCAGGGAUUAUUAUUAACUUAUCACUGUUACUUCCACUCAUUAAUUAUAGAAACUGUUUUGUAUAUUAUAAUAUUUUAUACGUUAAAACAUGUAGAAUUGUAUAAUUACUAUAGUUCUUAUAUAAGGAAUUAAUGUGAUACUAGUUCAAGUUUGUGAUAUACUUGUGGUAGAAAUAUAAAACUUGUUAAAAUAUAUGUAACUUAAAUAAAAUAUAAUUAAAAC